CCUCAUGAACCAUCUAUAUUUCACUCUCUUCUCUCCUUUAUUUUAAAUACAGUUUUGGCAGAGUUAGAGCAAAACAGCAUCACCUUAAUGAACACCAUGAACACCCACCAUUUCCUCACCCCCUGUUUCUUCCUUCUCCUCUCUUUCCACGCCCUCACUUCCUCUGCCACCACCGCAGAACAAGAAGGCACUUCCGAUUUCGUCCGACCAAUAGACCGCAAGCUACUCGGCCUUCACAAGAAAGAAAAGCUGAGCCACUUCAAGUUCUACUGGCACGACAUUUUGAGCGGAAGAAGCCCGACAUCGGUUCCAAUUGUUCCCCCAGCCUACAAAAACUCCACCACUUUCUUUGGUGCGAUCUCCAUGAUCGAUAACCCUUUGACACUUGGUCCUUCUCUGAGUUCCAAGCUUGUGGGGAGGGCUCAGGGGUUCUACGGCUCUGCAUCGCAGAGCGAGCUCAGUGCUCUCAUGGCCAUGAAUUUUGCUUUCAUUGAAGGGAAGUAUAAUGGCAGCACCAUCACCAUCUUGGGGAGGAACCCUGUUUUCAACAAGGUCAGAGAGAUGCCUGUGAUUGGUGGAAGUGGACUUUUCAGAUUUGCUAGGGGGUAUGCUGAAGCUAGAACAAACUGGUUUGAUUUGAAAUCUGGGGAUGCUGUUGUUGAGUACAAUGUUUAUGUUUUCCAUUAUUGAUCAUUUAUCUUAUCAUAUCAUUGUUAUGAUUUUUGCUUUUGCUUAUUUUUCCUGUUUUUGAGGUUGUCAUGUGAUGAAGCCUUUGACUUAUCAAGAGUUAUUGUUUGUCUUCAUGCAACCCACCUUUAAUUAUGGUGUAUUAGUUUGUGGUUGGUGUGAUAAUUAGAAUAAAAAUUUAUGCUGUCCUCUGCUGUCA